CUUUUUAAAACCUGUUCUCACAGUUAGCUCAGUCAAAUGAAAUCUCAUUACGAAGGAGUGAACUGUAUAUAGGGUACAUCUCUAGACAUGUGGGCAGAAGACGAUUUGGCUCCACCAACUGCGCCAUGCCUCCAGAGCUACACAGAGCCUGCAGAUGGAAAAAUAUAUCUUAUGUAUCACGGUACCUCCAGAGCUGCUGCUCAACAAAUCAUGGCAUCUGGCUUUAGACAAUCUAAAGAUGGCAUGCUCGGACGUGGUGUCUAUCUUAGUCGGGAUCUUAAUAAGGCCAGCAGAUACCCACUAAAUCUAGCAGAGCAGGAAAGAGUUGUUCUGAAAGUGAAAGUUAAUGUUGGAAGAGUGAAGAAAAUUGACCAUCAAGGUCACCCACUGCAGAAGACCUGGCACGACCAUGGGUAUGACACUGCCUGGUGUCCACCAAUGUGUGGCAUGGUUCCGAGUGGUCUUGAAGAAGACUGCAUUUGGGAUCCAAACCGUAUCCAGGUUAUUAAUGUAAUUUAUCCCAGAAUAGAUAACCUGUCUAAAGUCAACAGCACAGAGCCUGUAGAUGGAAAAAUAUAUCUUAUGUAUCACGGUACCUCCAGAGUUGCUGCUCAACAAAUCAUGGCAUCUGGCUUUAGACAAUCUAAAGAUGGCAUGCUCGGACGUGGUGUCUAUCUUAGUCGGGAUCUUAAUAAGGCCAGCAGAUACCCACUAAAUCUAGCAGAGCAUGAAAGAGUUGUUGUCAGAGUUAAAGUUAAUGUUGGAAGAGUGAAGAAAAUUGACCAUCAAGGUCACCCACUGCAGAAGACCUGGCGCUCCCAUGGGUAUGACACUGCCUGGUGUCCACCAAAGUGUGGUAUGGUUCGGAGUGGUCUUGAAGAAGACUGUGUCUGGGAUCCAGAGUGCAUCAAGGUUAUUGAUAUAAUUUAUCCCAGCUCAGGUGCUGCUGCUGAUUAUUCUGAGAAAUUCAUCAUGUGGGCAGAAGAUGAUUUGGGUCCAAGAACUGUGCCAUGCCUCCAGAGCAGCACAGAGCCUGUAGAUGGAAAAAUAUAUCUUAUGUAUCACGGUACCUCCAGAGUUGCUGCUCAACAAAUCAUGGCAUCUGGCUUUAGACAAUCUAAAGAUGGCAUGCUCGGACGUGGUGUCUAUCUUAGUCGGGAUCUUAAUAAGGCCAGCAGAUACCCACUAAAUCUAGCAGAGCAUGAAAGAGUUGUUGUCAGAGUUAAAGUUAAUGUUGGAAGAGUGAAGAAAAUUGACCAUCAAGGUCACCCACUGCAGAAGACCUGGCGCUCCCAUGGGUAUGACACUGCCUGGUGUCCACCAAAGUGUGGUAUGGUUCGGAGUGGUCUUGAAGAAGACUGUGUCUGGGAUCCAGAGUGCAUCAAGGUUAUUGAUAUAAUUUAUCCCAGUGAGCAACAUGUAAUUCCCACAGAGCCUGUAGAUGGAAAAAUAUAUCUUAUGUAUCACGGUACCUCCAGAGUUGCUGCUCAACAAAUCAUGGCAUCUGGCUUUAGACAAUCUAAAGAUGGCAUGCUCGGACGUGGUGUCUAUCUUAGUCGGGAUCUUAAUAAGGCCAGCAGAUACCCACUAAAUCUAGCAGAGCAUGAAAGAGUUGUUGUCAGAGUUAAAGUUAAUGUUGGAAGAGUGAAGAAAAUUGACCAUCAAGGUCACCCACUGCAGAAGACCUGGCGCUCCCAUGGGUAUGACACUGCCUGGUGUCCACCAAAGUGUGGUAUGGUUCGGAGUGGUCUUGAAGAAGACUGUGUCUGGGAUCCAGAGUGCAUCAAGGUUAUUGAUAUAAUUUAUCCCAGCUCAGGUGCUGCUGCUGAUUAUUCUGAGAGCUGGUGUAAAAUCAUUUAAGAAAGCAUAUCUUAAAUUUUUGAUUAUCAAUAGAUUACUUUAUAAAUUGCUAACUAUCAGUGUCAACAAAAUUUGUGUUCAUCGCUGGAAAACAUUUGGAUCUGACAAUAACUACAAAUCAUUAAAGCACCGAAUGUA